AUGGAAGAAGCUACUUACGUCGUUGAUAUUCUGAGAGUCAACGAGGACCUCCUAGCCAAGAUUAGAGACAGGCUCUCCAACAGUCGCCCACCAACAUUGCCUCCUGAAACAAGAACCAAUGAAAAGCGUUGCAUCUUCAGGCUUCCUAAGAGGCUCAAGAAAAUAAAUGGUAAGUCGAUCGAGCCCCAGGUGGUCGCCCUCGGGCCCUACCACCACGGCAAGCCUCGGCUCCAGAUGAUGGAGGAGCUCAAGUGGCGGUGGCUCUCCUACUUAAUGGAGAGUAGAAAUGGAAAAUUAGAGGAGUGCUUGAUAGAAUUAGGUCCACUUGAAAAGGAAGUGAGGGAGUGUUAUUCCGAAUCCGAAACCAACAAAUUCAGUAGCCAUGAGCUCCUUCAAAUGAUGCUCGUUGAUGGUUAUUUUAUAUUAAUGUUCUUUAUCAGGACUCUAUCUAUAGCUGAAAUGGAUUAUCGAGAUCUACUUCCAGAGCUAGAGAAAGUGCUAGAGCUAGAUGAAGCUAAAAUGGUCCUGAACGACGUCGGUAUCUUCAGGCUAGAUAGGGCAAUAUUACCCAAGAUAUACGGGGACUUGCUCCUGCUUGAGAAUCAGAUCCCGUCUUGUGUUCUGAACACGGUAUAUAAAAUUUUCAGUGAUAUUAGCCCCUUUGUGCACUCAUUGUCCGAUAUGGCCAUGACUUUUCUUUGCUCCAUAUGGGACAUCCCAAAAUCCAGAAAUAUUCCUAAUUGGCUCGGAUUGUUGCAUUUGCAUAACCGAACACCAAAAUUCAGAAAUAUGCCUGAUCAUUCGCUCGAAUGGUUGCAUUUGCUGGACCUUGUUCGGUUGAUAUUGAUUUCACGUUGUUCUACUAAAGAAAGCUCGGAAAUCUCAAGAACACGCAUCAGACCAUUCAAUCCAAUUCCCUGUGUCACGAAGCUACGUCGUGCGGGGAUUAAGGUCAAUCGGCAUACAGCGGACACCUUCUUGGAUGUGAAAUUCAAGAACGGUGUGAUUAAGAUGCCCGAUAUAAUUCUCGACGACUCAAUGUGCUCGUUGCUAGUGAACUGCGUGGCAUUUGAGCAGUCGUGCAACAUUUCCAAAUACUUUUCGAAUUACGCUAUGUUGCUGGACUGCCUUGUCAACACUGCUAGGGACGUUGACUAUCUUUGUGACCAUCGAGUCAUUGACAAUUAUUUUGGGACUGACGCCGAGGCUGCACAAUUCAUAAAUAACUUGGAUGUAAACGAGUAUUAUCGGAAAAGGUUGAAUUGGGGCAAUUGGCAGUGGAUGAGCUUCAAGCGCGAGUAUUUUGGAAAGCCAUGGUUGUUGAUUUCAGCAUUGGUUGGGUUUGUGCUCUUAGUGCUUACAUUUUUGCAGACCUACUACACCAUUUAUGCUUAUGUGCAUCCUAAAAACUAA